CAGUAUUCGUCGUGUGAAGCGGAAAGACUAUAUUAGAGAGCUGCAAGCAGGAAUUAAUUAAUUUUAAGUAAAAAGUGUUUAAAGUUUAUACAAAUACAAAAUGAGGGAAAUCGUACACAUUCAAGCUGGACAGUGCGGCAACCAAAUUGGAGCCAAGUUCUGGGAAAUCAUCUCGGACGAGCACGGUAUUGAUGCCACCGGUGCAUACCAUGGCGACAGCGACCUGCAAUUGGAGCGCAUCAAUGUAUACUACAAUGAAGCGUCCGGUGGCAAAUAUGUGCCACGUGCCGUUCUUGUUGAUCUGGAACCUGGUACCAUGGAUUCCGUGCGCUCUGGCCCAUUCGGCCAGAUCUUCAGGCCCGACAACUUUGUGUUCGGCCAGUCUGGUGCUGGCAACAACUGGGCCAAGGGUCAUUACACAGAAGGCGCUGAGUUGGUCGAUUCGGUGCUGGAUGUUGUUCGCAAAGAGGCUGAAUCGUGUGACUGCCUUCAAGGCUUCCAGCUCACACACUCGCUGGGUGGCGGCACCGGUUCCGGUAUGGGUACCCUUCUGAUUUCCAAGAUCCGCGAAGAAUAUCCCGAUAGAAUCAUGAACACAUACUCGGUUGUGCCCUCACCAAAAGUGUCAGACACCGUUGUUGAGCCCUACAACGCCACACUCUCUGUACACCAGCUGGUCGAAAACACAGACGAGACCUACUGCAUCGAUAAUGAAGCUCUCUACGAUAUCUGUUUCCGUACGCUGAAGCUAACGACUCCCACUUAUGGCGACUUAAACCAUCUGGUUUCAUUGACUAUGUCCGGCGUUACGACCUGCCUCCGCUUCCCUGGCCAACUGAAUGCUGAUCUCCGCAAACUGGCUGUCAACAUGGUUCCAUUCCCUCGUCUUCAUUUCUUCAUGCCUGGCUUUGCACCCCUUACCUCCCGAGGCUCCCAGCAAUAUCGCGCACUGACCGUUCCUGAGCUUACCCAACAGAUGUUCGAUGCCAAGAACAUGAUGGCUGCCUGCGAUCCCCGUCAUGGUCGUUACCUGACCGUCGCCGCUAUUUUCCGUGGCCGUAUGUCGAUGAAGGAAGUCGACGAACAAAUGCUGAACAUCCAGAACAAGAACAGCUCGUACUUCGUCGAAUGGAUCCCCAACAAUGUUAAGACCGCUGUGUGCGACAUUCCACCUCGUGGUCUGAAGAUGUCGGCCACCUUCAUUGGCAACUCGACCGCCAUCCAGGAGCUUUUCAAGCGUAUCUCUGAACAAUUCACUGCUAUGUUCCGUCGCAAGGCUUUCUUGCAUUGGUACACAGGUGAGGGCAUGGACGAGAUGGAGUUCACUGAGGCUGAAAGCAACAUGAAUGACUUGGUAUCUGAGUAUCAGCAAUACCAAGAAGCCACUGCCGACGAGGAUGCCGAAUUCGAAGAAGAACAAGAGGCUGAGGUCGACGAGAACUAAAUUCACUCCAGUUUUGCGCAAAAUAAGAAGACGAGAACAAGAAUUAAGUUGUAAAAUGUUUGUUCUUUUUUAACAACGUAAUCAAUAAAGUCAGAUCCCAUUUUGUUCACAAGUCUAAUUACCGAAACGCAAA